GUUUUUCACCCAAACAUGGCGUCGAGUGGUUUCGCGCCCAGAUUGCGCAAUUUGUUGAUAUCCCAGACUGCCUCUGGGACAGCAGUGCAAGUUGAGCAAGAAAACAUGGAGGAUUUGUCCGUAGAAGUUUGCGGCAAAAAUGGGGCUUAUUACAAGGGUUAUGUGAGGAACAUUCAUCAAGACCAAGUCACGAUCGCUCUUCAACACGAAUUGAAUAACUGCAGGAGGGUUGCUUAUGAAGAAGUUCGUCUGCCUCCAUCUACGAACCAAAGAUGUGAUUUAUAUGUGGACGAUGAAGUAGAGGUGUUCACAAGAGACAGUGAUGGCGAACCGUGUGGAUGGUGGCUGGCAAGAAUUGUACACAAAAAGGGAGAGUACUAUGUUAUUCAAUAUGCUGGAUGGGAUGCUACUUUUAAUGAGAUUGUCCCAAGAGAAAGAAUUCGUCCAGCUAGUCACAAUGGGCCAAUUUCCAGGAAUAUGUACCACAAGGUCAUGAUUGAUGUGCCACAAGAUUUGAGACAACUCUGUAAAGAUGAAGGGACACAUCGAGAAUUCAAGAAACAAUGUGGUGCAUCCUGUGUUUAUUAUAAUGAUGAAUUAGCUGUUCUUGUUGUGUUGUCUCGUUCUGAACGUCCAGUGAAGUGUGCAGCCAUGCUUAGUGAGAUUCAUUUCAGAAGUCUCAGAACAAAGAUGUUGUUACAGUCCUGGACAGAUGAGACAGCAAGACAGCUAGAGACGGCAAAGAAACAGAUGGGUGUGGUGGACAUGCUGACUUUGCCAGAUCAUCUGAUGGGUCUUGCCAUUGGUGCUCAGGGUGCCAAUAUACAACAGGCCAGAAGACUGGCUGGAAUUAUCUCUAUUGAAGUUGAUGAGGAAAACUGUACGUUCCAUAUUUGCGGAGAUAGUGAAGCAACUGUUAAGGAAGCCAGAAGGUUAUUGGAGUUUGCGGAAGAAACUGUUUAUGUGCCCAGACCGCUUGUAGGCAAAGUUAUAGGAAAGAGUGGUCGUAUUAUACAGGAUAUUGUGGAUCGCUCAGGCGUUACCCGUGUCAAGAUUGAACCACCAGAGGAAAGAUCGUCCAUGGAAGAAAAAGCUUCUAAGAAAGAAGUUUCAUUCCUGUUCGUUGGAACAAAAGAAUGCAUCGCUAAUGCACGAAUGAUGUUGGACUACCAUUUGUCACAUCUUAAGGACGUGGAACUGAUGAAAAAAGAGAAAGAAAGCCUUGAUCAACAGCUUCGAAGUAUGGGCAUCAACCCGCCCCAAGGCCCCGCGUACAUACCCACACCGGCCGAGAUGCGACCUGGGCCGAGUCUCUCAUUUAUUGGUCAGGACAACAUGUUGAGCCUGCGUGACAGGUCGCUGACUUCGGAGAGUUUCGCCGGGGACUUGAGCGAAGGGAUGUUCGUUAGCACGAAGGACGGCCCGAAAACCAAGCCGACUAUACGAAUAAGAUCGAGCAGUGAAUCCGAACCCCCCGAAAACAAAUCUAACUCACAGCAGUCCUCUAAGAAUUCUGGAAACCGGCGAGCGUCUACACCGACGUCAGAGCUGAAAGGGAUCGUGGAGGAGGAGACUGAGGAGAGUGAGCAAGGCAGGAGUAAGCCUGGGGAGACAGUAAAUGAGAAAGAGGAGAUUGUAACAUCCUCUUCUCCACCAAGAGAAGGAAAGACAAAGAAACCUUUGCCUUGGUUCACGGGAGGCAAUCGACGAACGGACAGCGAAGGAAAAGAUGACAGAAGAAACGAAGGACAACGGAAAAACAGCGACCACAACGACGCCAGGACAAACCAAAACAACGGUAAUAGACAACAUGGCCGACAGGACCACAGACAACGAACCGGAAGUAAAAAUCAACAACAAAGACAACAAUCACAAUCAGGUUACAGGCCCCGCGGAAACAGCGGCAACCAAUUCCGACCGAGUAGCGGAAGUCUAUCGGCGAACUGGAGAGAGCGGUCCCAAGCCCAACCUGAGGCGUCGACCAAAGACAAAGCGAAGGAGGCCGAGAGUAAAAGAGACAGUGAAAGGAAUGCGGAACAGAAGGUUAACGUUUCUGUAGUAGAAGAACAAAAGGAGACGAAGGGAGAAGAGAAGGGGAAAGAAAAUGGCGAUGCGAAGAGCCCGGAUGAGAAACCGAGCAGGCCUGUGACUGAGGAGAAGCCAGUUGAUACAAACGCGGGGCAUACUAAGAGUACGGAGGCAAAAGGGGAAUCUGCGCAAGAGAACUGAACGCAUACGGAAGUAUUGAGCUCUGCUGAUGUAGAAAAUUGUACAGACAGAUAGAAAUUCUAUCUACUAAAUGAUAACAACUAAUUUAUAAGUGAAAACAGAUCUUGUUUAUUCAAUGUUACGCGCUACUAAAGCCGACCGCCGUGUCCUGCUUGUGUUUUUGUUAUUGUCAGAAAGCUCGUCUUUUAUCUCAUUUCUGAAAUCUUCCAGUGAACCACUUUGCACCUUAACGUCUACAUUGAUUAAUUUAUUGUGACAACUUUUUGUUGGUUUUCCAAACCUUUCAGCCAAUCAAAGCACAAACCAUUGCACGUGUAUCGUUUCUUUGACAUCUCAGCCUCACAGACUAACUCUGCUUCUCGAUUGGCUAAGGAAUAGGCACGUAAGCACUCCAUUGAUGACCGUUUCCGGUGGCAACCGAACAGGUUGUCAUUUAAACGUCUUGGUUAAGGGCUUCACAAGGCUGUUAAUACUUUACUUUUCUUUCUUUUGCUUGAAGUUCAUGUGUUUCUUCUGUCGCGUACAAUUGAAAAGGAAAAUGACGGCCGGAAAGGACGCAAAGUUGAAAUUGUAAGAUCUGUAAAGUGAUUUUAGAUCUAAUAUUUUUAUAAGUUGAAGCAAGUUAAGUCUAUGCUCCAGAGGAUUAAAAAUAUUGACAUUCAAGUUUAAAGGUUUUGAAAACAUUUCCUCGUGAAAUACCGUAAAAUACCAAGUUAAAGUCCUGGGCUUGUAUAACUUCAUAAGGGGUUUUGGGUGGGCUUAUAAACGGGGAGCUUAUACUCGGCGAGAUGAAACGUAUCUGAGAAACGAAUUAAACCUAACAUACCAUUACAUUUAAAGCUGUUACCCUAUUAUCACCCUAUUAGCCUAUAACCUUCGAUUAAAAAUGGUGGUGUUUG